UGCAGUGUUGUGCUGUGUCACAAUGAAAAAUAGUUCACUUUCCUUAAAACACUACAACAGAAUUAUUCUAAGAUCAUUGAACACAUUAUUUUAAGCUUCAGGCAUGAUGAAAAAAGCAAACAUAUCAAAAUGUGGGAGUUCAUCUCCACCUCCAGUCAGCCACUCCCCCUCCUUACUCCUAUAAGAAAAACCCUUCAACACCGUCUUACAGAAGGAGCAAAAGACCAGUGACCAGGAUCUGUUCUCCUGCCUGUUUCCACUGCUCACCAUGCUUGUACACAGGUUAACAUAUGUACGCCCAGGCCUGCUCAUUCUCCUGGCAAGCUGUCAAACUCUCUUGGUGCACAGUGCACCCCCUGAGGUUUCCCAGCAAAAUGGCUUCUGGUAUGCAACCUGUAAAAUGCAACUCCACAGCCCACCAGCUGAGGGCUCCCCCACCAUAACCGGUGUUGUGGGUUUUAAACAAGAAUGCCCAGUGAGCAAGCUCAAGGUCCUUGUCUACUUGAAGGGCUUUUCAUACAAUGAUACUGCGCCAAAGAAACUGCACAUACAUCAGUACGGAGACCUCACUGACGGCUGUACCUCUACUGGAGCUUACUACAACCCUCGUGGUGUGGACCAUCCCAACCACCCAGGAGACCUGGGGGAUGUUAUUCCUCACAAUGGAACUGUCUUUGCAAAAUUAAAGUCUAGAGCCACACUGUUCGGAAAGGAGUCUGUGAUUGGUAGAGCAGUUGUGUUACUCGCAGGGAGGGAUGAGCUUGGAGUAAAUAAAGCUAGUCGACUGGAUGGAAAUGCAGGCCUAAGAGUUGGCUGCUGUGUCAUUGGAAUUGCCAUUCGUCGUCAACCUCCCUCCUGAUGCCAUUUGAACGUGUCAUUGAACGGGCAAAACACACAAACACACAAACAGGGUGAAAAUUUGGCUGUGGGAAAAUCAAAUUAAUUCUGACAGGGAUAAAGGGUAAAUCAUAAAGGGUAAUCAUUUAAUCGUGUCCUCAUGUAUUUUCCAACAAGGGCUCUCUGUGUGCUUUAAUGACAGAAAUAUUUGAUGAAUAUUUACAUUUAGCAGCAGAAACUAAAGGCUACAAUGGCUUUGGGGUGACUAUAGAUGAGAAUGGAUUCUGUUUAAAAACAAAAACAAAUAAAAAUGUGCUGGAUGAAGUGAUUCUUGACAUUGUUUUUUAAACGACCAAAGGGAAAUGAGGUAAAAAACAAAAGAAAAAGGGGAUUUGUUUUCUGAGCAACAUCCCCUUUCUGUUGAUGGGCAGCUGAAUGCAGCUGUUGCUCUACAAU